AUGGUGUUCUUUAUGGUUGAAGGGAUUACCUUCAGUGCUCAUCGAUAUGUUCUUGCUGCAGCCAUACCAUAUUUUCAUUCAAUGUUUGCAUCCGAAAUGAUUGAAUCACGUCAAAGCAAGAUUGCUAUUCAGGAUAUCCCUGCUGUUGCUUUCCAACAACUUCUGGAUUUUGCUUAUACCAGCAGAGUUCAUAUCAAUGGUGAUAAUGUUCAGCAAUUGCUAUAUGCCGCCAGCAUUUUGCAGAUGGAUACUGUAUGUGGUGCAUGUCAACGUUUUCUAACACAAUAUUUGACAACCGCUAAUUGCCUUUCUAUUCGUCAAUUUGCUGAGCAGCAUAAUUGUAUCAGUUUGAUGUCAUCUGUUGAUGACUUUGCAAUGGAGCAUUUCCCGGAAUUACGAGUGCUUCCGGAUUUUAUGCGAAUACCAUUUGGCCAUUUGAUUGAUCUUUUACGUAGUUCUGACCUGAAAGUAAACAAUGAGCAGGAGGUUUUCGAAACAGUAAUAUUUUGGGUAGAGGAAAACAUUGAAGAACGAAGAAGUUGUUUACCGGAUUUACUUGCCCUUGUUCGUUUGCCGCAGUUACCCACUGCUUAUUUCUUAAACAAAGUGAAAAAACACCCAUUAAUUAUGGAAUGCGUUCGUUGUCGAGAUUUGGUGGCGGAUGCGAUGUGUGAAAUGAUGCGUGCUCAAAUUGGUCCUGGAAUUAGUAACAUGGAAAGCGCAUCAUUCUCACCAGUAUUUCCUGCUGCAGGAACUGGAUGUCUUCAUUCAAGCAGCACUAUAAACCUCCAAGGUAUUAUAACGGACAUAACAGAUAAAACAGCGAUAAAACAUAUGUAUGCACCAACACCAUCAUCUUUUGGAGUGUGGACAAAUUGUAGACCGAGGAAAAGUGCAGCAGGUGUUAUAUUUUGCGUUGGUGGACGAGGUACAUCAGGUGAUCCAUUCCGUUCAGUGGAAGCAUAUGAUUGGCGACGUGAUAGAUGGUUUUCAAUAAGCGACAUGAAUAUCCGGAGACGACAUGUUGGUGUAGUUAGUGCUCAGGGAAAACUUUAUGCAAUUGGCGGACACGAUGGAACAAACCAUUUAAGUUCUGCUGAAUGUUUUGAUCCUGCUACCAAUAUGUGGCAUACCGUUGCUUCUAUGGAUACUCGCCGUAGAGGUAUAGCUGUUGGAGCACUAGAAGGUGCAAUAUAUGCUGUUGGUGGAUUAGAUGAUACUGCAUGUUUUCUGACCGUCGAAAGAUAUGAUAUAGAAUCGGACAAAUGGUCAGGUGUAGAACAGAUGAAUGUACAACGUGGCGGUGUUGGCGUUGCUGCUGUAGGUAAAUAUUUGUUUGCGGUAGGUGGUAAUGAUGGUACUUCAUCACUCGAUUCAUGUGAACGAUAUGAUCCACUUUUGAACAAAUGGAAAUUAGUUGCAAGCAUGCAACACCGAAGGGCUGGUGCUGGUGUUACGGUACUCGAUGGAUGUUUGUAUGCAAUUGGUGGUUUCGAUGACAACGCGCCUUUACCUUCAUGUGAACGCUACAAUCCAGAAGAUAAUACUUGGACAUUGUUAUCACAAAUGUCAUGCCCUAGAGGUGGUGUUGGUGUUGCAUCUAUGGGUGGACGAAUUUAUGCAAUUGGUGGUCAUGAUGGGGUGAGAUAUUUGAACUCUGUAGAGGCAUACGAUCCGGUUACUAAUCAGUGGUCUUCGGUGGCUACUAUUAGCCAGUGCAGAGCAGGUGCAGGCGUUGCGUGGGCAGAUUGUCGUGUUGACACUUUAUUACGACCACCAUCAAUGGCUCUUGGAAAAGACAGUGGUUGUGCACCUUGUGUUACGGGAGUUGCCCAUUGUGUUUAA